AUGACGGCGGCAACGCCUCCAUCUCGUCUGAGUCUCAGUCUCUGGUUUUUCCUGCUCCCCUUCCUUGUCAUUAGAUGCCAUGCACAAGCUCCAGCUCCGUCCCCUGCGGCAACAAGUAGGACCGAUCCGGUCGAAGGUGAGGCUCUUAGAUAUUCACCUGUUGUCUGGCUGCGUGAAAAAGGGAGAAUGGGGGGGGGGGGGUGUUCAACCUCUGUAUAUCAAGCUUUCCACCGUGGCUCUGGAUGCGUGGUUUGACCGCUUCACUUCCGACCAAGCCAAUCGGAAACCCCAGUCGUAAUUCUCAACUUUCUCCUUCUCGGUUCCUCUUCCCUCCCACUGGCUUCAACCAAGAAGUUAAGGAGAGGUUGGGUGGCGAAUUGUCUUGGUUUUGAUCAAGUACAGCGAUACCGGUCUCUCUCCUAGCUACUCGGAUACCCUGAUUAGCCUGUCUCGGCACAAAGAAGGUAUCGGCGCUGGACUAUUUUGGCUCAGAUGCGCAAAUCUCUGGGCUUCGGUCGUCGAACUUCUAUUUCUUGGUAGCGGUGGCGUGUGAAUUUUUGUUCACCUCCAUUCUAGAUAAAUUUUGGCUAGUUCGAAGCUUUUCGCCGUCCAUUUUGAAACUUAUGCGGCUUGACCGAAAUAUUUGCUGCAUUUUAGAAGCGCUCGGGCUUCUAUCGAGCAUUGUGAGGCUAACUCGUUCUGGUUUGUGAACGUCGCCGAUCCUUGGUGACAGCCGAGGCAGUGAACGCCAUCUUCAGGCGCUGGUCCCGGAAAGCCAACGGCUGGAACCUCAGCGGCGAGCUGUGCAGCGGCUUGGCGAUCGACGCAAGCAACUACGACAACAACAACCCAAUCAUCACGUGCAACUGCAACUUCAGUGACGGCGCUCCCUGUCGCGUUACUAGAUUGUUCGUACCCCCGUUCUCGUUCAUCUCAAGGUCUCAAUGCCGAGGGGAAAAUGACGAUCUGUCUAUCUGCCCUGACCUUGCAGGAAGAUAUAUGCCCUCAAUGUUGUCGGAACCGUACCAGAGGAGCUCCAGAAUCUGACUCAACUCACCCACAUGUAUGUGCCCCAUUCUGCCUCUGUUUCUUCGACUGAUGACCUUGGAUGAAGACACCUAUGAAUAAAACAGCGACUGAAAGUUACUGACAAUGCGCCAUUUUCUAUGUUGGCAGUAACAUGGAUCAGAACUAUUUGACCGGUCCUCUCCCUGCAUUCCUGGGGAACCUUACGUCCUUGCAGUACAUGUAAGUGAUAGGCUGUAAUCAGAAUUCUGCAGGGCAGAAAGGGUUGACCUCUACGGUGCUCUGUUUACUUUUUUCAGGAGUUUUGGGAUCAAUGCACUAUCAGGGCCUUUCCCAAAAGAGCUGGGGCAGCUUAGCAGUCUCGUCUUAAUGUAAGAUCUCUGUCCAUGAUGUUUGAUUUCUCGCUAAGCUGGUCACAGUUGGGAACUCCUCUUUUUCUGCGCGUUCAAAUGUUUUAUGCCCUUUUUAUUGCUUCUAAAAAUGAGUUAAUAUUUAUGGAAUUAGAUAAGUCUGCUAGUUAAUAUUCAUGGUCAGAUGUUACAUUUAGCCACAGUUGUACAUUUUAAUGAUUUUAUGGAAGUAUUUUAUGUCCUAGUACUUUAAAAGGAUGCAGAAUACCUUCCAAGCCUUAAGUUGGUACCUUUUACGGCAGAAUGGUCCCUGGCAGGACUCAGAAGCAAAAAAUAACCUAUCUAAAAUUCGUUUAGAAUAAUAAACAAUGAUCAACAAGUCAGAUUGUUCCAACUGUUCGAUUGGAAGGAAAACUAUUAAUUUAGUCUGGAAACAUGACAUAUGGAAACCGAGUUUUCUUAUAGACGUUGAAGGUGCCCCUGUUAUAACAAUAUAAUUGGGGUUAAUGCUCUCAAUUGUGAAUCGAUCAUUCGCUAUCCUUUGAUAGGUGAGAGAACAGAAUGGAAGAAAAGUAAUGAAACCUGCGAUUGCUACUGAAUAACCUCCUAUUACUUUAUCAAUAAUAAACCCCGCAAGUGCCUUUUUAUUCGUUCGCCUCUUCAGUUCCAUCCAAGCUCGGUUUUGUCUGAAUCUUCGUGGAAGAAGAAGGUUUAUGAAUAAUUGAUGGGAAACGUAUUUCGCAUAAGAUCCAUACGCAUGGAAGCCGAUAUUUCUAUUGCUUUGGAUGCUUUGAAUUCCAUCUCUGUCACAUGGUGGGCGUAGGAUUCUGACGACGUUUUACCAAAUAUUACUGUUUCACUGUACAGCUAUAUAGAUUCGGUGAAAUAAGCUUGAUUUAUUCUGCUUUGUACAGAGGGAUGGGUUCCAACAACUUCAGUGGUUCACUCCCUCCGGAACUUGGAAGCCUUUUAAACUUAGAGCAAUGGUAAGUGCUGAUUCUAGUCCUGGUAUUCUUGUGCUCUGUUGAAUAGAAAAAUCAAUAAUGGCAACCUUCAAAUCUAGUCACGCAAUGAAUUAUUCGCACCUAGCAUCUUCAGUGGGAAGAUGAGACGAUUGCUCCAUAUUUUCAAUGGCAGGUACAUGGAUAGUUGUGGGCUGAGCGGUGAGAUCCCAUCAUCCUUUUCUAAUCUUACGAAGUUAAAGACAAUGUAAGUUAGAUACUCGAAAUUUUAGUAUAUUUUUGAUUGAAAGUUCAAGUUCUGUACUCAGCCGUAGUUCCUCUUGGUGGCAGUUGGGCUUCGGACAAUCAUUUCACCGGGAAAAUACCAGACUUUAUUGGAACAUACACAAAUCUCGAAGAUCUGUAAGCUUCAUCUGUGGAGAUAGUUUUUGAAUUACAAUCUGUCACUGUUAUUCAAAAAAAUCCAGCAUAUCCUCUGUCCAUUAUGCAUGGGAGCUAUUCCUUGUCAUUCCAUUCUCUCUCUCUCUCUCUCUCGCUGUUGAAAGACUUUCUAACCCUGAAAAUCUUGUUGCAGGAGGUUCCAAGGAAACUCCUUCCAAGGGCCCAUACCGUCAAGCUUAGCUAAUCUCAACAAAUUAAAGAGUUUGUAAGUUAUUUGCGUUCUGUUUGUAUAGCUCAUAUUCGUCAGCACGUGACACAUUAACGGCACAAGAACUGAUUGACGGUCCGUCACCACAAUGCUAUUUUUUUAAUUUCUUGUGGGUUGUUCAUUCAGGCGUAUAGGUGACAUUGUGAACGGGAGCUCAACUUUAGAUUUUCUGCGGAAUAUGACUUCCCUGACUACCUUGUAAUGUCACUGCCCAGACCCGUACAACCUACAGUUAUCUUGGUUUUAACGAACUUAAAUGAUAGUAGUCGUCAUAUUCUCUCGCAGGAUCAUCAGAAAUGCCAGGAUUUCAGAUACUAUGCCAUCAGACUUCAGCCAAUAUACAGGAUUACUGUCUUUGUGGGUCGAUUUUAAUAUAUUUUUCAGGCUAGGUUAUCAGAUGGGUCAGUGUCAUCAGUCUAAUGUUUGCCUCGUUUUCUUCACGGUCUUGUAGGGAUUUAAGCUUCAACAAUAUAACAGGGGAACUUCCAGAGUCCCUUUUCAGCUUGAGUUCACUUCAAUUCUUGUAAGAAUUUUUUCGUGCCAAGUUGCAUCUUGAUGAUUUGUUUUCUUAUUUUUUUGUACACUGUCCUUAUAUUCCAUGGAUUAUCUCUCCUUCAAUUUUUUCUUCUUGGUGAGCAGGUUUCUUGGGAACAAUAGCUUGUCUGGUGGCUUGCCGGCUCAGAAGAGCACAACUCUUAGAAAUGUGUAUGUCCACUUAGCCGACUAGCAUUGAAUUCCACGUGUAAAUUGCUUUGCAUCAUCAUCGUUGGCAUCAUUUUCGUCAUCAUCGUCCACUAAGCUUACAUCUGGUGAGUUUCAGUACCACCUUGUCCACAGAAAAUACAUGGGGUCAAUUUUCAUUUUAAAAGAAUAUAGGGGGGCUCAAAUGCUCUGUACAUUUCCAUUCGGGGCUACUGCUUGGUUUCUGGUGAUCUUACUGGCAUGCCCGUGCUUGAUCUUCCAAUGAUGUCUUUCUUGAUCACUCGCAUGACAAUAUUCUAACGACUGAACUCACCCAACUACUCUCUUCUUGUUCAUAUAUGCUGACUCGUUGCAAUCUUUCUUACAGAGAUCUGUCGUACAAUAAAUUCUCGGGAGGCUUUCCAUCUUGGGUUUCGGAGAAUAAUUUGCAACUGUAAGUGGUUUUCACCGUACCGCGUCUUUCCAAAACAUUUUAAUAUUUAAUUCUGGUUCCAACAUAAAGGAGAGAUACUUGAGGUAAAUAGGCCUCCAUUCAGGUUUCUUGUCCUCUCUUCCAUGUAUUCUGUACGUCACUUAUUAUUCGGUCAGACGCCCAGGCUAGUUUCUCCUGCAGUGAAUUCAUUCGCGACUCUUUUGCUCCAGGAACUUGGUGGCUAAUAACUUCUCCUUGAAUGGUUCAGCCAACAGGUGCUCGACGGCGUCUUGGUUUCUCGAUCUCUCUCUCUCUCUCUCUCUCUCUCUCUCUCCUGCACAUGGGAUUCUGCCCACAAUUACUCAGCACUCUUUUUCUUUCAAUCUUCUGUAGUCUGCUGGGCUCAGGUUUUCAGUGCCUGCAGCAGGAUAUACCCUGCAACCGUGGCUCUCCAAUCUGUAAAUCCUCUGCCGUUGCCUUCUUCUUCAUCCCCAUUACGCAGAACAGUAGCUUUUGGCUCAGACUCACUCUUGCUCUGCAGAUUCCUCAUUUGGAAUAAAUUGUGGCGGCCGGAGAAGCAUCACGGCUUCCGACGGCAUCGUGUAUGAAAUUGACGACCAGGGUCUCUCCACCGCGUCAUAUCACGUCUCCGCUGACCAAAGGUGGGGGGUUUCCAGCACUGGGAGAUUCGCAGACGCCCCCAGCCCCAACUACACCUGGAGCGUCCUGAACCAGUUCACGAACACUCUGGACACCGAGCUCUUCCAGUCGGCGCGGUUGUCUCCAUCCUCCCUGAGAUACUACGGCCUUGGCCUGGAGAAUGGAAACUACACCGUAACCCUGCAAUACGUAGAGACGGCUUUCCCUGAGACGCAGACGUGGCAGAGCGUCGGCCGGCGGGUUUUCAACGUCUACGUUCAGGUGAGUGAAAAGUCCACUGUAAGUCAACGUGAACCACCGUAAGUCAACGCCGAUCUUUUGACGAACUCGAAUGGAAUCUUUCAGGGGAUUCUCAGGGAGGAGGAUUUUAACAUCAGGAGGGCGGCCGGCGGCAGUAAUCUAGCCGUUGUGAGGAGAUACACAACUCUGGUGACCGACAACUUCCUGGAAGUCCACUUCUUUUGGGCUGGGAAGGGCACCUGCUGCAUACCCACGCAAGGGUACUACGGGCCGGCCAUCUCCGCCAUCAGCGUCACCCCCAGUACGCCUCUCCGAUCUCAGAUCCUACGGUUUAAGAUAGCUCCUGUUCUAAAUCACGACUGUCCGUCGUCUUCUCAGAUUUCACGCCCACCGUCCGCGCGCCUUCUUCUUCUUCCACCGGGAAGAAGACGGGCCUGAUCGUGGGGGUCGUGGUCGGCGUCUUGGCGUUCCUCAUUCUUCUUGUCCUCUCCGUCCUCUACUACUUCGUAUCGAGAAGAAGACGCGCAGAGUGGAGAGAUUACGAAGGUGACGCAAUCCUCACCCUGCUUAUGAGAAAAAAACUACUUUUUUGUUUCUGGGUUCCUGAGCUUGAUGAUCUUUUUUUCGCCAAUGGGAACAGAUCUCCGGGCGAUCAGCUCCAAAGCAGAGAUAUUCAGCUAUGGCGAUCUGAGGGCCGCCACGGACGACUUCAGCCCCGGUAACAAGUUGGGAGAGGGAGGCUUCGGGCCCGUCUUCAAGGUCCGCAAUGCCUUCAUGCCUGUUCCCUAAGUUUGAUCCCCAAAGUAGGACAUUUUUCCGAAUCGGUGGUUCGAGUUUUGCUCAGGGGACGAUGGCAGACGGGAGAGUAGUGGCGGUGAAGCAGCUCUCGGUGUCUUCCCACCAGGGGAAGCAGCAGUUCGUGGCGGAGAUCGCCACCAUCUCCGCCGUGCAGCACAAGAGCUUGGUGAAGCUCAUCGGUUGCUGCGUCGAGGGGGAGAAGCGGCUCCUCGUCUACGAGUACCUCGAGAACGGCAGCCUCGACCAGGCCCUCUUCGGUGACCGCACUCCCAUCCUGCCUCUCUCUCUCUCUCUCUCUCUCUCUCUUUCCCUCCCUCCCUUCGCUCCCCCUGUCCCUCCGCCCCCCCUCUCUGUCUGUCUGUCUGUCUCUCUCUCUCUCUCUCUCGCUCGCUCGCUCGCUCAAAAAAUCGAUGCAGGGACGAGGAAGUUGGUUCUCGACUGGUCAACCCGGAUGAGGAUCUGCUUGGGGACAGCGCGGGGGCUGGCCUACCUCCACGAGGAGUCCAGCUCCAGGAUCGUGCACAGGGACGUGAAGGCCAGCAACAUCCUCCUCGACGCUGAGCUCAACCCCAAGAUCUCCGACUUUGGCCUCGCCAAACUCUACGACGACAAGAAGACCCACAUCAGCACCCGCGUCGCCGGCACAAUGUCAGCGCCCCUCAGACGAAUCAAAACUCAGUCCUCCAUCUCUCUUCUACCUUUCCGCGGUUCUUCUGAUCUUCUUACCUCUCUAUUUUCUCUAUCUAUCUAUUCUGCGUAGUGGGUACCUGGCUCCGGAGUACGCGAUGAGGGGGCACCUGACGGAGAAGGUGGACGUGUUUGGAUUCGGCGUGCUGGCCCUGGAAAUCGUCUCCGGGAGGCCCAACACGGACAUGAGCCUACCGGCGGACAAAGUCUAUCUCCUCGAAUGGGUGCGUGGAAGGAGGAUAGAGGAGAGAGAACCUUUCCUUAUUUGGGGUGGAUGAUGACGGGUGUUUCUCUCUCUCUCUCUCUCUACCCAGGCGUGGCGGCUGCACGAGAGCAACCAGGAGCUGGACCUGGUGGACCCAUCCCUGUCGGCGUACGACAAGGAGGAGGCGCUCGCGGUGAUCGGCGUGGCGCUGCUCUGCACGCAGUCGGCGCCGGCGCAGCGGCCGCCGACGUCGCGGGCGGUGGCGAUGCUCACCGGCGACAUCGAGGUGGGGAAGGUGGUAUCGAAGCCCGGGUACCUCACCGACUGGCAGUUCAACGACCUCAGUACAACCUUCGCCAGCAGCGACUACCCCGAAUCGGACCCGUUGACCGCCAGCACCAGCCAGGUCAACGAGCCGUCGCAUCUGGGCAGCAUGGUGGCCUCGCCCAGGUCGACCACCGCGAUGCUCCACGACGUCGUUGGCGACGGGCGGUGA